AUCAUCAUUCACCAUCGUUUCCGAACCAAUAGAGACAGAGACAGAGACAGAGACAGAGACAGAAACAGAGUUUGAGCUGAGCCUGAUCGUUGUUAGAUCCGUUUGACAACCCUAGAAAAUUCCAAAAUCUCAAUCUGUCUGCUGUUUUUUUUGCACAAAAUUAAUAAAAAAACAGGGGAAAUUUGUUUAUUCCCACGGAAAACGAAAGUCUGGAUAAAAGAACUAAGAAAACAAAGGAAAGGAUUUGCAGAGAGACGGAGAGAGAGAGAGAGAGAGAGGGAGAAGUGUAUUUGUACAGGAGAAAACUAACACCUUAAAGUUGCAGCAAAAUUCAUUUUUAUAUUGGGUUCCUACAUUCGCAUUCUCGUCCGUGAUGAUUCAUCCAAAAUUUUCAGAUUGGAUCUUGCUAUUGGAGCUUCAGGUGUCAAUCAGCUGGGCAUUGAUGUCGCUGGAAAUGGAGCUGUUCUAGGGGUCGCUUUGCUUUUGUGGAUUUAUCGGAUCUCCCCAAAAUGGCGCUGUUUCGCAAAUUCUUCUACCGGAAACCGCCCGACGGACUUCUGGAGAUUUCUGAGAGAAUUUACGUUUUUGAUUAUUGCUUUUCUACGGACGUCUUGGAAGAAGGUGACUAUGAAGUCUACUUGCGAGGCAUAGUAGGUCAAAUUCGUGACCACUUCCCUGAUGCUCAGUUCAUGGUUUUCAACUUUCGAGAAGGAGAGGGCCAAAGCCAGAUUGCUGAUAUCUUACUUGAGUACGAUAUGACUGUAGGGGAGUAUCCUCGGCACUAUGAAGGUUGCCCAUUACUCACAAUGGAACUGAUCCACCAUUUUCUGAGGUCAAGUGAAAGCUGGCUGUCACUUGGGCAGAAGAAUGUGCUUUUAAUGCAUUGUGAACGAGGUGGGUGGCCAGUUUUGGCUUUCAUGUUGGCUGCGCUGUUGAUUUAUAGGAAGCAUUAUACAGGAGAGCAGAAGACCUUGGACAUGAUAUAUAAGCAAGCCCCUCGUGAACUUUUGCAGUUACURUCACCACUGAAUCCAGUGCCUUCUCAACUUAGAUAUCUACAGUAUGUAUCAAGAAGGAAUGUUGGCUCAGAAUGGCCUCCACUGGAUAGGGCACUUACUUUGGAUUGUGUCAUGCUUCGAGUUAUUCCUAAUUUUGAUGGAGAGGGAGGUUGCAGGCCAAUAUUUAGAAUAUAUGGACAGGAUCCUUUCAUGGUUACUGAUCAGAAUCCCAAAGUCCUGUUCUCUACACCAAAGAAGAGCAAAGCUGUACGGCUUUAUAAGCAGGCAGACUGUGAAUUAGUCAAAAUCGACAUUCAUUGCCAUAUUCAAGGUGAUGUUGUGCUUGAGUGCAUCAACUUGGAUGAUGAUCUGGAACGUGAAGAGAUGAUGUUUCGAGUUAUGUUCAACACAGCCUUCAUUAGAUCUAAUAUCUUGAUGCUUAGUCGUGAUGAAAUUGACAUUUUGUGGAAUGGCAAGGAUCAGUUUCCCAAGGACUACAGAGCAGAGAUUCUCUUCUCUGAAAUGGAUGCUGCCUCAUCUCUUAUCACAGUGGAUUAUCCUCAUCUUGAGGAGAAGGAAGGUGUUCCUAUGGAAGCAUUUGCUAAAAUUCAGGAGAUCUUUAACAAUGUGGAUUGGCUAAAUCCAAGUGCAGAUGCUGCUAUAAAUUUUCUUCAACAAAUAGAAAUAGAUACAGCAAAUAUUCUCCAAGAUAAGUUGGAGGCUGGUUCUUUUCAGAAUGAUGAAGGUAGAGAUCUAGUACAGGAGCCAAGUCCUGAAAAGCUUCCAGAGAAACUGAAGCCUGUGUCAUCAGAAAAUAAGAUUAAGAGCUCCAUGUCUGUGGAACUGGAAAAACAGACUCUGCCCUAUAAACUAUCUGUAGAUUUAGAUUCACCUAAAAGUAAGUUUCAACCAAACGAACUGCAUGUUGCAUUUCAACUACGUUCUCCAUCAAAGAUCAUAACACAACGAAUAUCUCCUCUAUCAAGUCCAAUGUCGUAUAAUUCUCCACAAGGUUCACCUGUGGCAAUAUCAAGAUAUCAUAGUGCACCCUCAGUUCUUGGUAUUACAGCUCUCUUGCAUGAUCAUUCUUCAGAUGGGAGUCCAGACAGCCUUAAUCUUCUGGUUGCAUCUCCUCCUUGCUAUUCACCUUCACCUAAACUUUGGGGGUCUAGUAUUGUUUCAUCAAUACCACCACCACCACCACCACCCUCACUGCUGAAUCCUUUGAUGCCUUCUACCACAAUAAUUUCUUCAAUCCCUCCAUCACCAUUACAUCAACAUCUAUCAACUUCAAAAUCAUCAGCUCCUUCUCUAAUGCAGGAUCCUGGAACCUCUUCUUCAGAUGGAGGCCAGUUAUCACUGGCUUCUCCCUCUCCACCUCCCCCUCCCCCUCCCCCUCCCCCUCCUUCCUGUAAGGAGGCAUCAGCAUCUGUGAUUGUCACUGUAGAUUCAAUUCCUCCUCGUCCUCCACCUGUGCCCCCAUGUUUAGGUUCCACUGUUAAGAAUUUAUCAUCAGUCCCACCACCACCACCACCACCACCUCCUUUUCCAUCCAAAACUGUUUCAUUCGCCCUCUCUCCUCCUCCCCCACCUCCACCCAUGGAGAAGGAUUUGCGACCCAAAACCAUUUCAUCAGCCCCCUCUCCCCCUCCUCCCCCACCUCCUCUCAUGAAGAAGACAGAUCUUUCAUCUGGUCCUCCUCCACCUCCACCUCCUCCUAUGUGUUCAGGAAUUUCCCCAGGUCCUACUAAUAUAUCUAUUGCACCACCACCACCUCCUCCCCCUGGUUUUUCAUUAAAGAGUUCUGGGCCUCCAUUAAAUAACUCUCCGCAUGUUCCACCUGUGCCUCCUCCUCCAGCUCCUUUUCCAAAUGGGGUUUCAAGGGCUGGUGAUGGUUUCCCACAAUCUCUUUCUUCAGGCAAUAGUGGAGCUAGUGGUGUUGCUGGUCCUCCAACUCCUGCACCACCUUUAAUUUCUUUUGGUAUAAAGGGACGAGGGUUAUCACGUAAUACAAGUCCAAGGAAUCAACAAAAGAAGUCUUCCUUAAAGCCAUUGCAUUGGUUCAAGUUAACACGGGCAAUGCAGGGAAGCCUGUGGGAUGAGAUAUCUAAGUCUCCAGGGGUUGUUGAGAUGCCAGAACUAGAGAAUCUUUUCUCAGCAGCUGUUUCAAAUUCUGAACGGGGCUCAGGUCAAAACUCAAGUCAGCGUGCCUCAGCUGGACCUAAAUCCAAUAAAGUCCACUUGAUUGAGCUAAGGCGGGCAUAUAAUUGUGAAAUCAUGCUUUCAAAGGUCAAAAUUCCAUUGCCAGAUAUGAUGCAUGCUGUACUUACACUGGAUGAGUCAGCAUUAGAUGCUGAUCAGGUUGAUAACCUAAUUAAGUUUUGUCCAACAAAAGAAGAGAUGGAACAACUGAAGGGCUACAAUGGAGACCCAGAAAACUUGGGGAAAUGUGAACAGUUCUUCUUAGAGUUGAUGAAAGUUCCACGAGUUGAAUCUAAGCUUAGAGUUUUCUCAUUUAAGAUACAGUUUCGUUCCCAGGUUUCUGACCUUAGGAACGCUCUGAAUGUUGUAAAUUCUGCAUCAGAAGAGAUCAGGAAUUCUGAUAGAUUGAAGAGUAUCAUGAAAACAAUUCUUCAACUGGGAAAUGCAUUGAACCAGGGAACUGCAAGGGGUUCGGCUAUUGGUUUUAGAUUGGAUAGCCUCCUUAAACUCUCUGAUACACGUGCGCGGAACAACAAGAUGACUCUCAUGCAUUAUCUUUGUAAGGUGCUUGCUGAUAAAUUGCCAGAAACUAUAGAUUUUCAAAAAGACCUUGUCAGCUUGGAAGUUGCAUCAAAGAUACAACUAAAGUAUUUGGCAGAAGAGAUGCAAGCCAUUAGCAAAGGCUUGGAGAAAGUUGAAGAGGAAUUGAUUGCAUCUGAAAAUGAUGGUCCUGUAUCGCAAACUUUUCACAAGACUGUGAAGGAAUUUCUUGUCGUUGCAGAAGCAGAAGUGAGGUCUUUGGCUUCACUAUAUGCCGGAGUGGGUAGAAAUGCUGAUGCAUUAGCACUUUAUUUUGGAGAAGACCCAGCCCGUUGUCCAUUUGAGCAAGUUGUCUCUACUUUACUCAAUUUUGUGAGAAUGUUUGAACGGGCCCAUGAGGAAAACUGCAAGCAACUUGAACUUGAAAAGAAGAAAGCACAGAAGGAAGCAGAAAGUGACAAGAACAAGACUGGUACUCCAAAAAUAGAUUCUCAAAACUCAUCAAGAACAACCUUAAACAGUGGCAAAGCCACAUGACUUGUAUUUGUUAAUCAGCAGAAGCAGUUUCUGUUCCCAAGGGAAAUUUUUGUACUUGAUCCAAAUGAAGAACUGAGAUGACAAAUCAGAAACACCAAUGGAAAAGGUUCUGUUGAUGACAAGAAGAAUGCCAAUCUGAUGGUGCAGAGAAUAAUUUACAAGUGAAAGGAGUUACGAAAGGUGAAACAUUACAAUUAUCUGCAAAGCAAAAUGGCGGAACCUGUACUUAGUAGUAAGUUCUUCAUGCUCCUGACCCCAAGAAAACCUUGGCUGUCCACACUCAAUAGUCUGAGCUGUCAACGGGGUUUUCCCUGCAUGAUGCGCUAGUUCAUCCUGCAACGCAUCCGGCAUUGAUACCAUUACAAGGAGCCUGUGUGAACUGUCAUGCGGGGAGAGACCUAUUGACAGCCUAGGCGGUCAAACUUAGCCAAAAUUUUGCCAUCUGCCCCACCACAACUCCCCUCGUUUAUAUCAUUCUCUAAAUCUGAAUUCGUUUUUUCUUUGGCAGGGAGUGGGAAUAGGUAGUGUAAGUUUUUAGUUUUUGUGAACGACUUGUAAAAUAUUCACAUCCAAUCUAUUGUAAAUAUGUGUCCAAAUACCUGUCUUUUAUUUUAUUUUAUUUUUGUGAA